AUGUCAAAUUACUUCACAGUUGAUGGUGAAGUGGAUGUUUAUCCUAGGCCGAGAUUCGCUGCACCAAUUGAUGAGAAUCAGGAUAAUAUAUCUGAGAGUAAAUUUGUCACAAAUGCUCACCUCGGACGUAUUACAUUUAAUCGACCGAUUGCAGAUUGGGAUUCUUUAAUGUCUAAGAAUGAUAACGGUGGUGGUGAUGGUGAUGCGGAUGGUGAUGGCAGAAGUACUAAAAACAGACGGAGAAAUUGUUUCAAGUCAUUGUUUUGUUGUAGCCGACAACAAUACAAAUCGUACUCGUUAUACUGUCUAUUGACUGUCUUUCCGUGUAUUAAUACACUGCUGAAUUAUAACUGGCGAUCAGAUUUUUUAAAGGAUGUUUCUGGUGGUUUAACCAUAGGUAUUCUGAAUAUCCCACAAGGCAAGUGUCAUCUAUUAUUUGUAUGAUUACUAUUUAUUCAUAUUCUGUUUUUAUAACUUGUACUCACUGGUCAGAAAAAGAAUUGAAUCCUGUUUGCUCUUAUAUAUGUUCAGUUUGUGUAGUGUUCGAAUCGUCGAAAUUUGAAUCCCACUCCAAGAAAAAUGAUGUUCUAAGGAAGUUAGGCUACAUAUUUAACAACUCAUCGAGCUUUGCUUUUUAGUAUCUAGUGUAUGUUACUAUCGUCUUU